GGCCCUAUAGGGAGCCCCACCGAAGAUCCCAGCGGGACCGCCCGCAUGCGUCCGCCACACCCAGUACAGCGUUUCCGGCCCCAUAUGGAGUUCCACCGAAGGUCCAAGGGGGCCGCCCGCAUGCGUCCGCCACACCCAGUGCAGCACUUCGUGGGCCCACAGGGAGCUCCACCGAAGGUCCCAGUGGGACCGCCCGCACGCGUCAGCCACACCCAAUACAGCGUUUCGUGGACCCCGUAGCCAUUUGGGCUCAAGGUCCCGCCUCUGUCGUUAGUUGCCCUCCAGUGACUUAUGACCACCGAGCAUGGCGGGCUACAGCUAUCUUGACAAGGGGCCUCGCCUUUUCGGACAGCUUCCAUUCUUUGUCAGCCAAGCUGUCAAGCUGUCAGAAAAGGACGGAAGAUGCGUGCGUGCGCAUUGCGUUGGUCCCGUUACGCAGUUAGCGCUUUGGCAGCCAGCCGCACACGCAUCUGUGAUGCUGUUGUUCUUAUGGCUCGGGUUCGCGUGCGCGUGGCUGGAGACCCGGAGCGACAACGAGGGAGACUUCUGCCAGUUUUUUUUGUACCAUUUCCCGGCUGCUACUGCCUGCACUGUCCUAUUGGCUUGCGAGGUGCAUAUCGCAAAGUAUUCGAGCACCUGGUUCAGGGACAAGUCCGCAAGGCAGGGCCGGGGUGCGUGGGCGUGCCCGCCCGUGGCCGUGAUUCUCUGGCUCUCUCGCGUGUGCUCUGUUGGAGGGUCCGCCGGCACCGAGCGCAGCGAGGCGGACGAGGAGGUGCUGUCCACCGCGACGUCUGAAGUGAUGUCCGGAUCCGAGUGCCUCUCUGAUGCGCAGACGUCCAGCUUCUCAUCGAGCGCACCUAGCACAUCCGGCUCUGGAGGAGGAGGUGGAGGACGACGGGAGGAUGGAGUCGGCCGGAAGAAGAGAUGGAAGUUCAGACGGCCCAUGUGGACGAAGAAGUGGCCCAGCUGGACGGGGAGGUCGAGGUUCAGCGGAUCAGUAGGUAGAUCAAGCUCAUCCGAGGUGUUAACUCGCGCAUCUGAGAUGUCAUCUGGCGUACCUGAGGCAUCGACGCGAUCGGGCUCACUGACACUAGCUGGUUUGUCUGACUCGCGAGCGCUAUCCGAUGCAUCUGGCGAGCACAGCGGCGCGCAAUUUGGCGCAUCUGGCUCGAUUGCUAACCUGGCGAAGCAGCCCACUGAGCAGCCGCACUGGUGCUUCCACGUGUGGUUGUUGUGGCUCCUCGUGAUAGACAUCGUGACAUUGUACAGCCGGAUUCAGGGGAACAAGUUCAUGGGCAUGUUUUUAUACAUGUAUCUGAGCGGCAGCAUACAGGACACGGUGGACAUCGAUUGGGCAGAAACGCGUAACGAAGCGCUCUUCAUACCUGACUCCAUCCCGCUACGACCCCUCCUUGCUGCAGUUUUCUGUGCCCAGAUCGGGCACUACCUGCACGGCAUGAUGUACUGCAUGCCGCGCCCUGGGUGGACGGCCGCUAGCCACCGACGUUGGGCAUUCGAUCAGCUGCGCGGCGUGUAUGCUUGGAUGGAGUGGGGCAGGAUGUUUGAGUUCGACAUUGCGGGACCUCGCGCAGAACGAAAAUCGAUCACAGAUGUAAUCCAGUGGAGGGAGUGGGUGAAUCGUGAAUUCCAGGGUGGACGUGUUGAGGUGUAUUUCUAUCUGGGGACAUUGGGGACAUUGUCCGAGCCCCUUGAUAGUGACUUUCCGCUUACCGUGGAGUGGACAGAGGCCGACACCAGUGAUACUCGCAAACGGUGGAAUACAAUUUUAAAUCAAGACAAGUGGGCGCAGUGGAACGAGCGCAAGUUCAACGACCAACCCGUUUCCGUCAAGGCGUACCGUUUCGCCACACAGCUCACAGGCCGUCCAGGAGAACUUGUGACACAGGAUUCGUGCCGCAAGUACGAGCCCUCGAAAGAUGAGUUCCCGCUCUCCGUAAAGUGGACAGCUACCAGACACGCGUAUACUAGCUUGCGCGGUUGGCAGGUGAAAUCGUCUGAGGUUAUGGAUGAAAUUGCAGAGUGUUGCAGCAUGCAGUUAUUGCUGGAAAUGCAGCUCGUGAUCCUCCAGGACUACAGGAGGGUCUGGAGCCUCCUCGACAAGUAUACCAGCCAGCAUACAGGGAUGACUCCACGAGGUCCGGUUUGGAGGGCCGAAGCAGAAGUCGUACAGGCGGUGCACACGCUCAUGAACGACGCAGUCCCCAUCGCCCGACGAGCCGUUUCGCGUGUCUUCGUUCACGGCGUCUGUUAUUGUGGUGCCUACCUUUAUUUCCAAGUCGUGUUGGCGAAGUCGUUGUGUUCGGGCAGGGGUUGGUAUUGCGAACGCGGCCAGGGCCUUUGGUUCGGAAUCGGUUCGGCGUUUGUGUCGAUGGUCGUGGUGAUAUCGAAAAUUUUCCAAAUCUUGCAAUACAGCUGGUAUGUAUGGAGAACCAGCAAUCGUUACCAGACGGCACUCAAUACAGUUCCUGACCAGUACGAAUUCAUGCAUAAUGCGAUCACAGAUUCCCGGAAGCAGUUCAACCUUCUAUUUUUGAUGAUGGUGAUAGUGUCGGUAUUCUUUGCGUGUAUCUCCACGUGCAUAUUCGUCAAGUAUAUAAUGUGAAUCCAUUCCCGCGAUGGGCACAUUGGAACGUGAAACAUUCGCUUGACAUCUUCAGCGGCUGCGUCUAGGUUCACCCGUACAUUGCCAUGGCGCAUGUAAGCGUGUACCAGCGCAGUUUUCCACAGCCUGACGCUUUAGGCCCGCAAGCCGGCAGAAGACUGCCGCAGACCUAGAGGUUUGGGGCGAGUUCGAGGUCCGAGCACAGCUUACGACAACAAAACAA